AUGCCAGUACAUUUCACACCCAUCCCUCAGAACCUGCGCCUGGGUUUGGCCUACGCUAGCGGCUCGGUGUUCGGAAACAACAGGACAGGGGACAGCCACGAGCGGAAGAAUAACACAGCAAAUGAAGUUGUGUCAAACCUGCCUCUUCAAAUGCUCCUGUAUUUCAAUGCCUUCUUCUUCCCUUUCUGGUGGAUUUCAGAAGUAGUCAUGCUGGAGCUGAAGUUUGAUCUGUUGCCAAGAUACUACCAGUGUCUUCUGGUGGCAGGGAUGGUUCUGCUCACAAUAUUUGAGGGCCUCAGGCUUUACCUGGGCUAUGUGGGAAACCUGAAGGAAAAGGUUCCAGAGCUGGCUGGGUUCUGGCUCACCACCUUCCUGUUCCAGCUGCCCAUCCUGCUGUUCUUCCUGACGGACGAGGGCAUCGUCAUCCUGCCGCUGGAGCGGGCUGUCCACUCCAUUUACCUCCUCUUCGUCCUCUCCCAGCUGCUGACAGCCUUCCUGGCCCUGAGGACCAUGAGCCGCAAACUCACACUGCAGUUCCACCUCGACCAGUUCGGCCAGGCAGAGAACCCCCCGUUCAUGACCCCCAUCUUUGGCCCAUCGUACAGGAGGAGCGUGCUGCCAGUGACCCCAGUCAAAGAUGUCCAGCUCUAA